CAUCUUUCCCGGUUCACGAUCAGGCAUCGUCCACCGCCAGUCUUUACGACGAACGACUUGACCCGGUGUCUAUCCUUCGACUAACGUUCCUUACCCGACUCCCCACGUACUCCCGGAUUACCUUGCUAUACUCUCAAUCAUGCGUACCUCAGUCUUCGUUGCGCUUGCGCUCUCCCUCGCGGUCUCCGCCCGCCCCCAUCAACGCCGGGCGACGCCCCAGCAGAUCCAAAACGGCAAGGAUGCCGCAGCUUUGAACACCAAGUUCGCCUCUUUCAAGGUUGGCGAUGCCUGCACCGUGGACGCUUGCAUCGGCUCGCAGUUCGCGCCGUGCAGCCAAGGCAAGUUGGUCGCCCAAGACUGCGCACCCACCACGAAGUGCGCGGCUCUGCCCAACGUCAACAGCGCCGGUACCAGCAUCGCCUGCACGACCCAAGCUGACAUCGACGCGCGCUUCGCGGCUGCCUCUGACCCCGACGCGACCGCUGCCUCGACCACGGACGCGGCGGCCUCUUCGACCUCGGCCGCGGCGGCGUCUACCGACACCGCCGCUGCGACCGUCGACAACGCGGCGGGCAGCACCGACAUCCAGUCGUCGCUGACCCUCGACCCGUCCGUGGUCGCCACCGGCUUCGCCAACGACGGCCAGGACGUCCCCGCCGCAGGCCAGGUCGCAUCGCUCACGUCGACCAACAACUUUAUCAACUUCUGUGCCGGCCAGACCAUCACCAACGGAAAGCAGAUCACCACCGGCUCUUGCAACCCCGCGCCGAUGGGUCAGCUCCCCGCCACGACCGCGAUGCCGUCCUGCAAAUUCGUCUUCCCGCCCAACGGCGACGCGUCCCUGAAGGCGAACCAGGCAUUCACCAUCAAGCUCGCGAUCAACAACCUCGAGACCGGCCACUUCGUGAACGCGCAGGAGAACUACUUUGCCGCGCCCCAGCAGCUCAACGCGGCCGGCCAGAUCCAGGGUCACUCGCACGUCGUCGUUGAGCAGCUCGACUCCCUGGGACAGACCACCCCCACCGACCCGACCAAGUUCGCGUUCUUCAAGGGCUUGAACGACGCUGCCGUUAACGGCGUCCUCUCCGUUGACGUUACCGGUGGUCUGCCCGCUGGUGCUUAUAAGGUGUCGACCAUCAACUCGGCCGCUAACCACCAGCCGGCGCUCGUUCCCAUUGCGCAGCACGGAUCUCUUGACGACGCUGUAUACUUCACGAUCAACUAAGCCACGUACCGCGUCUUCACGUUUGGGAUCUUGGGAAGCGGCGCACGCGUAAUUUAUUGAAGUAUAGCAUAAUCACACCCACGCAUUGUAUACCCGCAUGUACGUUUUGUCGGCAGUCUUUGGAUACAUCGAUGUGCGCCUCA